GGGCGGCUGCGGAGCGCGGCCGGGCGCGCUGCCCCGCGGCACCGGGGGCGGCUGCCCGCGUCCUGCCCGGCCAUGGGGGUCGGGCUCCGGCCGAAACCCCGCGGGCGGCGCUGACCGGAGCGGCACCCGCCGCUCGCUCCCCGCGCCCGCGGCCCCGCAGGCAGGAGGCCGGGCGGCGGCGGCCGGCGCCCGCGGGCGGGUGGCGCGGGGCUUGGCGCGGCGGGCCGCGGCGCGCGGGGCUCGGGACCCGGAAGCAGAAGCGGGGCCGAGAGGCGGCUGGAUGGGAAGGCGCGGCGGCGGCGGCGGGCGGCGAUGGGAGAGCAGCAGAGCUCGCUGAGCGCCCCGCGGGCGGCAGCCGCGCCGCCGAGCCCGGCCGGGGCCCCGCGGGAGCUCGGCCCGGACGAGCCGCCGCCGCCGGAGGCGGCCCCGGGCGGCGGGGCGGCCGGGUCGGAGCGAAGCGAGGAGCCGCCGCCGCCUGCCGCCGGCCGCGAGCGGCGAGGGGCCGAGGAGGCGGAGGCGGCGACCGAGCCGGAGCAGCCGCUGGCCGCAGGAGAGCCGGCGGCCCUGGCGGAAGAGGGGCCGGGGCCAGAGGAGAGCAGCGGCGGCCGCCGCCGCCCCCCCCGGCGGCACGUGUACUGCACCGUCUACUGCGUGGAGAACGACCGGCCGGCGGCAGCCCCCGUCUCCCCCGGCGGCGGCGGCGGCUCGGGCGUGGGACAGCCGCCGGCGCGGCGCGGGGUGGCGGCGGGCGACGACCCGCUGUCGGCGGGCGGCAGCAUCGAGGUGGUGGACGUGUACCUGCUGCCCGAGCCCUUCUCCGGGCUGAUCGCGGGCGAGUUCGGGCCGCUGCUGGUGCUGAGCUGCCGCGUGUGCCUGGAGGAGAAGCCUAUCAAGCCGCUGUCCUGCUGCAAGAAGGCGGUGUGCGACGAGUGCCUCAAGCGGUACCUCAGCUCCCAGGUGCAGCUGGGACAAGCGGAUAUAAAAUGCCCGAUCACAGAGUGCAGUGAACACCUGGAUGAAACAACUAUCCUCUAUAACCUGCCCCAUGACGACAUCAUCAAGUAUAAAUAUUUCCUGGAACUCAGCCGCAUUGACUCCAGCACCAAGCCAUGCCCUCAGUGCAAGCACUUUACAACCUUCCGGAGGAGAGGCCACAUUCCUACCCCUGCCAAAUUGGAGAACAAAUACAAAAUCCAGUGUCCAUCUUGCCAAUUUGUCUGGUGUUUCAAGUGCCACUCUCCCUGGCAUGAAGGCGUUAACUGCAAAGAAUACAAGAAGGGAGACAAGCUGUUGCGUCACUGGGCCAAUGAAAUCGAACAUGGACAGAGGAAUGCCCAGAAGUGUCCAAAAUGCAAGCACUUAUCUCCAGCUACUGACAGUAUAGGAAGUCGAAACCUUGUGAGCACCAUGAUCCACAUCCAGAGAACAGAAGGGUGUGACCACAUGACCUGUUCACAGUGUAACACUAAUUUCUGUUACCGUUGUGGGGAAAGAUACCGCCAGCUCCGGUUCUUCGGAGAUCACACCUCAAACCUCAGUAUCUUUGGAUGCAAAUACCGCUACCUCCCCGAGAGACCACAUUUAAGGAGAUUAGUGCGAGGCUCUGUCUGUGCUGGAAAACUACUCAUUACACCCCUAAUACUGGUUCUGGGACUGGCACUGGGAGCCAUAGCUGUUGUAAUAGGUUUAUUUGUGUUUCCUAUCUAUUGCCUUUGUAAAAAGCAGAGGAAAAGGUCACGGACAGGUAUGCCCUGGUAAGGAUGGACCUUUACUCACGUGGACUGAGCUGGUCCUGCAAGGGCUAUACCCACUUUGUGCAACAGAGCAAUACAGUGCUGGUAACAGCAUCAAAGCCACCGCCCUGGAAGAAAAAUGGGGGAUUGCCUGCCAUCUUCCCUCAGCUGAAAACACUACUGCAGACCAGAAAGCCUCUUUGCUCUGGUGCACUCUGAACAAGAUGGGCCCCCUGACUGCUGCUUUUUAAAUGUUUUGGGGUUUGUUUUUUUUUUAAUUAUUACUUUGGAGGAUUUUUUUUGAGUCUUGAGUUUCAGAACUAGACAAUCAAAGUCUGUAUUGUAGCCACAACUCUACUACCGAUUUGGCCUGUGAAGAAAGCAUUUAACUGCUAACAUGUGCUCCAUUUAACUUCAGUGUUGGCCUUUAAGGGGGAAAUGCUUAGAAGUGUUUGGAGUCUUACUGUGUACUGAGCAUACUACUUUUGGUAUUAAAAACUACUUCUGUAAAUAACUUCCAUCACACAGCAUUCUGUUCAGCAUACCAAAACCCCAUCAUGAGCCAGAGCACGACAGCUGGUUAUCUUCAGAGUCCUCCUGCGAGUGGGCAAGAGCGUAGAUUGCCACUGCCAAACUGUAGUGCCUCAGAGGGAAAUCUUAGUAUUGAAGCUCCAUGACACUUAUAAAUAUACUGAUUGGUUUCACUUCGCUAUUUAAUUUAUGAGUGUAUUAAUAUUGAUUGGGGUGGGGUGUUUGACAGAUUUGUUGGAAGAGUACUGCGUUUUUAAAUUCUCCCAGUACAGAAGAAAUUUAAAGGGUUUAGAUAACAAAAAGUGUCAGUGGCCUGUUCUGUUCCAAGAUACCCCUGAAGUAUAUUUACAGGGAAGCUGGAAACCUGCUCUUCUAUUCUGACUUGGCCUAUAAUACACAUGCUACACUCUAGUUGUGUGAAGAUUGACUUGAUAAAAUUUUUCCAACCUAAAUAGCACAGGUUUUUUUUAAGUAGGCUACAUAAGGCUGAGAGCAUCUACUGAUGUCUCGGGAGGAAAAUCUCUGAAUUUUGGGUAAGGGGAGGGGUCAUGAAUUCUUAGGAGACCAUUUCAUUCUUACUCUCUGCUUCUAGUGUUUCUCUUCCUGCUGCAUUACAGAUCUGAAGAGAAUAGCUAUCCUUGCUCUUUUUUUCCUAACUUCAGAGUACCACUGUUUGCUACCGGACGUCUUUCUCAGCACGUUGCCACAAGAGCAAUGUAAUUCAGCAUUAGGAAUUGGCUACAGCGUGUUUUCAUUUUCAGUUAUAAUCCAAAUUUAUUGUACAAAUAUAAUUUAAAAGAAAAAUAUGAAUAAAACAAAUGUGUAAGUAGAACACUGAAACCAUAAAGGAACUGAAUAAGAGAAAUAUAUAUAUACUUUAAAAAUACAAGCUGAUCUUAAGAAGAUUGGAUUUAUACUGUGAAGGUACUUUUUUUUCAGUGUGUGUGUUUGAAGAUAGAUAGAUAUAUAUAUAUAUGUUUGUAUAUAUAUGAGGAGACGGGAAAGCAGGGAGAUGAGUAAUGUCCUAAAGAGUCUACAGACUUCAAAAUGUCGGCCCCCAGAUAUCAUAGCAUUUGAGAGUAUGUACUUUGCACCGCUUUCUUUGAAAAUUAUUACAUCUGAAUUUAGUUGUAAUUUUUAAGUAAAUAGUAUUCUGCCCCACCAACAUAAUACUGUUGUAAGAUACUCACUUUGACUUCAAGACGACUGAUUUCUUGUGGAAGAAACUGAUGAAUUUUCUUUACCUGGCAACACAGGUGUCAGCUUACCAUAGCUGGCUAGCAUGCUUGUUUUGUGUCAGCUUCUGGGUUUGGGUUUUUGUUGGUUUUUUUUUUCUCUUGUUGAAACUGUGUACAAGCACACCAUAGUAGUCAACAAGUACUUAAUAUUUCCAUUUAAAUUCAAGGGCAUGUUGACCCAGUUGUCCUAAUGGUAGAAAUAGUACCUUUCUACGAUUUGCAAAUUAAGUGGGGAAGCAGUGGCAUGUAGAAGUAAAGUUCAAAGCCUAUUGUCAAUGCAAAUCCACCUGUUAAUUAGAUUUCUUUUUCUGUGACACAGCAGUUUUCUAUUUUGUUCUGUCUGAGGUUGGAAGCUGCCUUAAAAUUGGGCUUGGUUUUGAGUGUGUUUUCUGAGGCUAUACAUAUCAGUUGUCUUUGGCUUACUCAGGGAUUUUUAUUCCUCUCUUUAAAUGUCAAAUAAUGAAGAUAUUUUUGUAUUAUUUAGAAAAACCUUCAGACCUCAGAGAGCGAGAUAUAUAUGGAUAGAUAGAUUUGGGUUUGCAAUGCAGUCUGUAAUAUGGUGUCAAACUAUUCCACUUGAGAAUAUUUUAGUACUUGAGAUUAUCUGUAAUUAACUCUACAGUGGAUUAAUUUCCUUUUUUCUCCUGGUUCUUUAUAAAUGUGUGAGGUAUUCUUACAGUCUUUGUAGUUGUUUUCACUCUGCUGUUUGCCAUUUUCAGUUUCUGAUGGGAGUUCAGUAAGAUGUGGAAUUAAGAUGGUAGAUAAAGAGCAUAAAAGGGAAGAUAAUAUAUCUGCACUUAUUUAUAUUCAGAAAGCAUGUCAUUGUGGGUGGAGGAAAGGAACACAUAGCUCCUACAUUGUCACUUCAUCUAGGCCAUUUUGAUUUUAUCAGAACAGAUUAAAUCAAAGGGAAAUGGUUCUUCGCUUUCUACACUUAGCAAAAAGAGGCAUCUUUGAACUUGUAAAGAUGAGAGACUCUAAUCUUGCUUUCUCUGUUGGAAAAAAAGAAUGACAGUAAUGUUUGGUUUUGUUUUUCUGUAAAACAGGAGAUUUCAGGAGCCAGGCAGAGUAGGGAUAUGGAAGUCUUUUUCCAUCCAUAUAAAAAUAUUCUCCCUUUAAUAGUACAAAAAUACAAUUUUUCAUCAAUAUGCAAUAUAACCAACUGAAAAAUUAAGUAGUUUAGUACCAAACUUAAUUCAAUAAAAUGUUAGCUUUUAAACUACUCCUCUCAUAUCACAGGAAAUCUUACAUCAAAGUCAUGUAAUUUGUUUUACAAGCAGUAAUUUAUCAGUGUGAAAGAAAUGGAAUGAACUUUGUUAAGGAGAUUCAGAGAUGUUUUUACUAUGUAAACGUGUUUUGGGUUUUGUAACUGUACUCUAAAGAAACUGUCAGACUGUCCUACUCCAUCUUUAUUAGCAGAAAACUUCAUGAGGCAGCUGAAUUAACCUGCUAAGGCAGAUUUCACGCUAUUAUAUGCUGAUCAUAGUUGAUCAUCAGGUUUGCUUUCACCAUAUUUAAUAUUUAAGAAUAUUUAUCCUCGUGCAAAGUUGUUACUCACAGAUACCUAUAUUCAGACUAGGAAAUGCUUAAAUCCAUUCUACGCUAGCUGCCUUUUGCAGGCUUGCCUGGAAACAGAUUUGCCCAUGCCCUCGGGCCUCGGGGCAGGCGUGCAGCUGUCGCCCUCCCUGCGGUGCCCUGCUGUGUGUGCCCCAUCCUGCUUCUGCUGGGGAGGGCUGGAUGGAUGGGCCAGUCCGGAGGGGGUGGCUUUUCCUUUCUCUACUUUAUUCACAAAGAGUAUUUUGUUGUGUUUCAUUAAUUGGGUCAAGUUUCAGGGCUGCUCAACCAUGUCAGGGGCAGGAUGAUUCUGAUUGCUGCGGCAUCUCAGAGCAUAGUUAGCUGUAUUUGCAGAGCUUAUCCAGGAGCUGGUGACUGGAGAAUAAUUGUGCUUUUCCUUGUGUCAGUCUGUUAGCCAGGGAGAACAAGAAGCUGAGUAGGAAUAAAAGCAAGAGGCAGAAGUGCAGUUCAGAGUAGCCUUGUGCUGUUGCUGUGACCCAUCAGUUUUAGUUCUGUACAUCGAAGUCUGUUAGUUUUCAGUUCUCCCCACCUGUGUAUAUUUAUAUCUUUUAAAUGUCGAUUAAAAUACAGUGCACUGAGUGAUCUGUUAUCUUUGGGGCAGCGCAGAUGUGUAAGUAAGGGAGGAUUUUGUGUUAGGUUUUGAUGUAACUAAUUCUGACUUCAUAACUCUUAGUGGUAUGUUAGGGAUUUUUUAAUUUAUGUCUAUUUAUUGGUUCGGAAAGUUUGAUCAACAUGAAGUUUCAUUUCAUUAAAAAUAUUAAUUUGCAGGGACUAUUGCCAAUUUAACUAGAAGGCAUUUUGGAUCACCGUCGGGUAUUCUUUUCAGCCAAAGGGCUUUCUGCUCUUCCAAAGACUGCCUUUGCUUGUGUGGUGUUAAGUGGUGUGUAAGAUAGGGCAGUAAUUCUGUCAGAGGAUACAAAUUCGUCAGUGGUGGAAUGGUUUCUCCUGCUAGUUAGAUCUGAGAAGCUGCUUAAUAUUCAGUGGCCAAAUAGUUUGCCAUACAGACUGAGAUUUUUUUUUUUUUAAUUAGUUGUGGUGGUUUGUCUCUUAAGCAACCCUUGCACCGUUCAUAAUUCUUCAUGUGAAAAUUGUGUAGGUCCAAGCUGUGGAUAAGAACCAUGGAUUACUGUUACAAUCUACAUUAGAUCUCUGAUUUUGCUGAUGGAAAGAAUCCUUCCUGAGGAAACUUACUAGAGAGAUAAUUUCUUAGUUUCUUGUAACGUUGCAGCCUUAUAGUUGCGGUGGGUCAGUUUUAUUCCUGAUACCGGUCAUAGCCCCAUCAAAUCAGAGAAGUUGUAUGCAUUUUGAUGCCAGUAUGGAAUUUGGUCACAAAUAUUUAGAUAAAAAUAUCUGGAAGUGUGUUGGUAGCCAUUGGGUAGCAACUUGAAAAUCUGGUUCACUUUGAAGAAGUGCAAAACACUAUGGAGCCAGUCCUCUCACUUGCCCAGUGAAGCUAGUGCUGUUUAGUACAUGCAGGAGAGGGCAGGGAGUAGGGGAGAAUUUCAAAAUGAUGUUUUUAUUAAAGCAAAUUAUCAGGGGAAGGAAUACUAGUUUUUUAAUAUAAUAAAGAGACUUCUUAAUGCUUUGAGUCACUAAUAAAGUUAGAAACAACAUCCAUAGACAGUGUUGACUAAAAUCUCUUAGAAUUCUGCUUUCUUCGUUGUAACAGAUAGUAAGUAGCACAGUGUAAGAUUUGGAAUUACAGCUGUUCAUUAUUUUUCAGGCUUAACACAUAAACUUGAAGAAUAGGGCACACAACAUUUAAAAAGUUAUAUUGCUGAUAUAUUUGAUAGCCUCCUGCUACUGUUACAUGAAAAACGAGCUGAGCCUUGAUUCAGCUGCAAGACUAGCAGUGUUUUCACUUAAGUACUGCUCAAGCUAUAACACAACACCACACUCAAACUUCUGUCUUAAUAAAACUAACAAAUGCAACUUGUUGCAGUUGCAUAGGACUGCAGCUUCCUGGCUGAUUCUUAUUUUUCUGUGCAUAUGGGCUCAGGAUCUAUAUGUUCUCUGUCCACUAAGGAAUGGCGUGCUCUUAUUAGGCAAUUAAUCACUCUUAGCCUGACAGUGAAGUACCAUAAGGUAGGAAAAUGAAAAUUGAUCUUAGAGUGCAUGCUCUGAUUUCAAAGGUAAAAAUGUCUUAUAAGCUUUAAUUACUUACUCCCUAGUAAAAAAAAAAAUACAUUUCUAAGCAUAAUUGCAGCUGUUUAUUUCUAAAUAUAUGGGUUUUUUAAAAAAGUCAUUAUAAUAGCAAUUAGUUUAUUAAAAAAUGCAUAUUGUGCAAAAGAAAAACUUUUGGAGCUUAUUUGGUUUAUCAAAACUUGAAAAAUUAAUCUGAGGUGUUCUGGAUGGAUAAAAGAAGAGGAGAAAUUUAUUGCGUAAAAAUAUUUGAAUUGUUUAUUUUUAGCAUAAAGAUGGAUUUUGCACAUACCUGCUUAAACACAGUUGCAUGCUAACCCCAUUCAGUGUUCACCUUGUUGAAAACUUGUCAGACUAAAACCAGUAUUGUUGAAAUUUUAUACUGCUGUCACUGAGCAUGAUGUUACUAACAGGAUGCCACGUUUACCUCAUUUUUAGAAGGAAAAUCUGCUUACAGAAUCCUAACAAGCUGUUCAGAUAUUUUAAACCUGUCCUGUUAAAGUGCUGAUGCAGUCAAGAAACAUUUUCAUGCGUUAUGCAAGCUCUGGGUAAGCAGAUGGUUUCAGUCUUUAGUCAUGGACUAUCUUUUUGCAUUAAAAAUGUGCUCUUAAGAGUUCUUCAGUCCAAUUUACGGUCUGCUGUUGUAUGUCCAGAAAUUGCAAGGAAAGGGGUAGAUUUACAUUUCACUGUUUACCAUCUCAUAAUAAAAUGUUUACCAU